AAAUGAUAAGACGAUAAAAGAUUUUCAGAAAAAAUCUAAAUGUUUGAAUGUUAAACAUUUUUGUCUUAAAAAUUAAGUAAAAAUUAUUACAAAAUGAUUAAUUUAAACUUUGCUAAUAAAUUAUUCAUUUGUACACCAUUAAUGCAUGCAUUUAAAAGAAGUAUUUCCAGCAAGACUUUACGAGCUUCAAUUGGACUCGAAGUGAAGAAACCAGCACCGUUUCCCUACAAGGAAAAAAACUAUAGUUUACUUGAUAGUCUUAUAGAUCACACAACAAAACGCUUUGAUGAAAACACUAAAUUAAUAGUACUAGAAGGUCCAGUUGGUAUUGGUAAAACUGAAAUUGGAAAACAAUUGGCUGAUGAAUUAGGAAUGCAUUUUAUGCCUGAUGUUACCAUGGAUUCGUAUUACAUCAAUAACUAUGGUUAUGAUAUGCGAAAAUUAGAUUCACAGUUACCAGUAAACUGUCAGAGCUUUGAUGAACAAAACUUUCUUCAAAGUCCUAAUCACUAUAAUGCUGCAGCUUUUCAAAUAAUAAAAUUUAAAUUACGUUAUGCCCAUUAUAUUGAUGCCAUUGCUCAUGUACUAAAUACAGGUGAUGGUGUUAUAAUUGAGCGUAGUCCAUUUAGUGAUUUUGUAUUUUUAGAAGCUAUGUAUAAAUGCAAAUAUGUUAGUAAAAUGGUUUACAAAAUAUAUUAUACAUUGUAUCGCCAUGCUAUGCCAGACUUGCUACAUCCCAAUUUAGUUAUAUACUUGGAUGUUCCAGUAUCAAAAAUAUUGGAACAAAUAAAAAAAAGAAAUCAACCAAACGAAGUUAAUUCUAAAGCAAUGAAUGCCGAAUAUUUAGAAUGUAUGGAAGAUCAAUUUAAAUCUAAAUUUUUGCGUGACAUUAAUUUAAAAUCUGAAGUAUUAGUUUAUGAUUGGUCUGAAGGUGGUGAUGCUGAUAUAAUUGUAGAAGAUAUAGAACGCAUUGAUUUUGAUAAUUAUACAAAUGAUGAUCCCAAAAUUCAAGAUUGGAAUUAUUCUAGAGAACAAUAUUGGGCUGAUGUUAGAAUGAAAUACACAAACUGUAAAGAAGAUUUAAUUGCCAAUUUCAAUGUACCUGUGUUUGAUGCCCCUGAACUAAAUAUACCUGGUGAAGAAGUUGAAACUCUUACGCAUGCUUGGUUUAAUGCUGAAGGAAAUACACACGAAGAAGGAUUCAAUCCAAAAUAUCAUAAAUUAUCUGAAAUUAUGUUCAAAACAAGAGAAACAAAAAAAUGGGAUCCAGUUUCAUAAAAUUUUUAUUUUUAAAAACUCAAUUAAUUCUCAGUUUUGUCUACAAUAAAUAUAAAUCAGUGUAAAUAGUACAUUAUGUUUUAAUUAUGAGAUUAAUGAUUUUGUUGUUGUUUUUCA